CCGAGGAUAUGUUCAACACGUGCAGCACAAAAGAGGAACUGUGAUUGCCAUUUUCUCUGCUUGGUCUUGUAUGUGUGUACGAUUACAGAGCUCACUGUUUAAAGUCAUUUAUCUCAUCGCUGCACAGCAAACAUGUUUGGUGGUCACAUCGCUUUUGGAACCCUUUUAGUGGGGUUUCUCUGCCUCUCUCUGGUCUCUACCGACACUUGUCCUUCUGGAGGGACGCCGGGUUUACCAGGCAUCCCUGGAUUUCCUGGACGUGAUGGAAGGGAAGGGAUGAAGGGAGAGAAAGGAGAUCCUGGGAUUCCUAUUCAUCUUGAUGAAACCAGGAAAAAGGGCGAAAAAGGAGAACCUGGAAGCAGAGGAAUUCCUGGAAAGAGAGGUCCCCAGGGGGAUUCCGGCAUACCGGGCCCAGCCGGCCCCCCAGGAGAGCCAGGGGAAGCAGGCAAUUCGGACGCUUCCAGAUCUCAUCUGCAGUCUGCAUUCAGCGUUACCCGUCGUACAAAAAACCAUCCCGAGCCAAACUCUCUGAUACGCUUCAGUCAUGUUAUCACCAAUAUCAAUGACGCUUUCGAUACUACAGAGCACAAAUUUGUGUGUAAAAUUCCUGGCACUUAUUAUUUUGUGUUUCAUGCAUCGUCCAAUGACAAACUGUGCGUAAACCUAUAUCACGAUGACAAGAAGCUAGCUGUUUUCUGUGACCACAUUAUAAAGGGCAACCAGCAGGUGAGCUCUGGUGGGCUAGCGGUUUAUCUGAAAAAAAAUGAGAAAGUCUAUCUGAAGACAGGCACAUACAACGGCCUGUUUGCAGAAGGAGAGAAAGCAGACAGUGUUUUUUCAGGUUUUCUGAUUCACGCACACUGAGUUAAGAGAGAUAAGACAUGCUUGUUAAACACUGUAUGUUUAACUUUUGGAAAAUGCACACAAUUAAGUUUUGAAAAGCUCCUUGUAAAAUAAAAUGAUGCUUCAUUAAACUGUCUCAUUCA